AUGGCUCCUCUUGCUGCGGACCCCCGCCAGCUGCUGGUAGUCCUCAACCCCGCCCGUCGCCGAGUGUUUUAUACACUUCUCUUCGACAUUACGGGUCACAUGCGUGCUCAGCUAGAGCUAAGAAAUGGCGAGUAUAACGACACGCCGGCCGACAGCCCGUCAAACCAGAGCCGUAAUGCGGCUCCACGCUUCGGUCCGGGCACCGGGGAAAGAAGCGGUCGGGGUAGUAGCUCCAGUCACACCGACAGCGGAGGUUCCGGCGGACACAGCGCCCAACUGGUUGCUUUGAGAAAUGCAGCACUGAAGCAAUUUGACGAGUGGCGCAAGGAGCUUCUUGACAAGGUCAAAGAGAUCGUCACUGCUAAGGAUGAUGACAAGAUCCUUGAGGCUCGGAAGAAGCGUCUCGACGAGAUGGCAAGGCUUGCGCAGGAAUCACCUAGAGCAGGUGAGGAUCUGAUCAACUUUGGAGACGCAACGAAUACGCCGGCUACACAAACAGAAGUGGACAAAGAGGUGGCCAUCUUGCAAGAGCACUAUCAUCCGAUUCCCAACCGCUUUACCACUAUACCAAUUGAUGACCGAAAGGAGGUGCUUAGCUGCCUUUUACUCCUCAUUCUAUCAACUGGGAGCUACUCUGCACACUCUAGAGUUAUGGCUCUGUAUCUUACAUCUGCAUUCGGGCUUCCUAUCGCAGCUCUCAUUCAGGAGGAGACGGAAAUCGCGAAAUCUCUUGUUGAAUCUUCAACCGCAGCAGAAAACCAGAAGGCAGCCAUGUCAGCUGAUGCUGAAGCUGCAAAGCGGCGCGAAGAAAACAAGCAGAGUCGUUUCUGGAAGGUCGGCCUGGCGUCUGUCGCUGGCGCAGCCGUCAUCGGAAUCACGGGCGGCCUGGCAGCUCCAGUAGUUGCUGGUGCUAUCGGCGGCCUAAUGGGCAGCGUCGGAUUGGGAGGCGUGGCAAGCUUCUUGGGAAUCUUCUGGAUGAAUGGAGCACUUGUGGGCACGCUCUUCGGCGCCUACGGCGCCAAAAUGACUGGCGAGAUGAUGGAUACAUAUGCCAAGGAAGUCGAAGACUUUCGUUUUCUCCCGCUUAAGGACGAAUGGGGCCAGGACUACAAACGCGCUGAUCCGGAUGGGAAGCAAGGCGCGCGGCUUCGAGUAACCAUCGGCAUCAAUGGGUGGCUUACAGACGAGGGCGAUAUUACUAAACCAUGGAGGAGCCUGGGCGACGAAUCCGAGGUGUUUGCACUGCGGUACGAGAUGAAAGCCCUUCUUGCCCUUGGCGCCGAACUGCAAGAUCUCGUGUCUUCCUACGCUUGGAACUUCGUGAAAGUGGAGAUCCUCAAGCGUACGGUGUUGGCGUCUAUCUGGGCUGCUCUGUGGCCUGCCUAUCUCAUCAGCGCUGCUACCAAGAUUGACAAUCCGUUCAACCUCGCUCGAAACCGUUCCGAUAAGGCUGGCCGUGUCCUCGCUGACGCUCUUAUAGCCAAGGUUCAGGGGGAACGACCGGUGACAUUGGUGGGGUAUUCACUCGGUGCUCGAGUGAUUUACUCCUGCCUCAGGUCUCUUGCUGAGCGGAAGGCAUUUGGACUGGUUGAUACGGUUGUGCUCAUUGGCGCCCCUAUCCCAUCCAACCGAGAGCAUUGGCAGGUCAUCCGUUCUGUCGUAUCUGGUCGCAUCAUAAACGUCUACUCAGAGACCGAUUAUAUUCUUGGAUUCUUGUACCGCACUACAUCACUUCAGUUGGGCAUUGCAGGGCUGCAAGAGGUCAAGGAUAUUGACCGGGUUGAAAACCUCAAUUUAAGUGAGGAGGUCAGUGGGCAUCUACGAUACCCAACAUUGAUUGCCAAAAUCCUAACGAGAUGCGGCUUCCCAAAUGUCAAGGGGGGCAAUGGUGCCAUCGAAAAGGAUGAGGAUAUUAAGGUGCUGGAUCAUGAGGCUGGUUCUCAGAUGGGUGAGCUUAUUGAACUCGAAGCACUACCUGAUCCAGAAUCAGAACCACAGCCUAUUCGAUCCAAGCAGACUGCCCGGUUCCCCAACGAACUGCGUCAUCCUUUGCAUCCCGACCCGCCGGCACAGAAAAAGAAGAAUAUCAGCCGUACCAAGGUGUCCAGGACUGGGCCCUCAACGGUCUCUGAAGCAUUUGACCCCCUAGGCGAGCAGGGCAGUGAUCCAUUGAACUUGAGGUCUGUUAAACAGAGCAGGCGACAGCCAACCUCGCCCAACCUUGAAGAUCUCAUAAGUCUAGAUCAUCAGCCACAGGCGAAGGAGCCGACCCACCCCGUAUCUGCUGAUCCCCUCAAUCUUGGUUCUCUUGGCCAGAAGAGCGAGCAGACUGCCUCACCAGAAGUUAUGAAAGGAUCUGUAGAGCCAAGAACGGAAAUCAACAUCCCUUUGCGGCCUGCCCCUGUUCAGUCGUUCCAGAGUGAUGGUGCGAUAGACUCGCAUACUCGUCCCGAGCUGCCUGUGCGGCCCAAGACAUUUCCUGUGCCGGCCUACGCCGACUCGGAUGAGGAAAGCUUCAAGGGUAUUCAGAUGGUAGAUAACGAUGACCUGGGAGACAUGACGAUGUACUCGGAGCCUCUUAGGGCUGACAAUUAG